GUUUUUGUCUAUUCUGCUGCAACCUUAACGUAACAGACUGUCAGACAUUCAGAGUUUUGGGUAAAGACACAUCUCUUCAGUUCAGACUUUGUUUGAGAGCUGUGAAGUUGCUCAGUGUUCGUUAUUCUUGCUGAAGACAGCCAGUGUAAGUGUUGCGUGGUGUCGUGGUGACUGCGGUUAUAGCGGCUCUCCUGUUGAAACCAUCCCACCGACCUGAUGCUAUCCCCGGGCAGGAGCGCCUCAUCCCGGCUGCUGAGGCCCACCUCGUGGCUCUCUCUCCGGGUGGGAUCCGAGAGGACGGCCACCAGCUCUCCGCGGAAAGAGUUGAUCAAGAAACAUGAACUGGAAAAAGACGAGCUGCGGCCCCUCUACAUGGACUUCCAGGCUACCACGCCCAUGGACCCUCGAGUGCUGGACGCCAUGCUGCCGUACCAGGUGAAUUACUACGGGAACCCUCACUCCAGGACACAUGCCUACGGCUGGGAGAGCGAGACUGCGAUGGAGACUGCCAGAAAGCAGGUGGCCGAUCUGAUUGGAGCCGACCCCAGAGAAAUCAUCUUCACCAGCGGAGCCACUGAGUCCAACAACAUGGCCAUCAAGGGUGUUGGCAGGUUCUACCAGACCAAGAAGCGUCAUGUGAUCACCACGCAGACCGAACAUAAAUGCGUCCUGGACUCAUGUCGGAUUCUGGAGGCCGAAGGCUUCAGUGUUACUUACCUGCCUGUCAAGACGAACGGCCUGAUUGACCUGGAGCUGUUGGAGGCCUCCAUCCGUCCUGAAACCUCUCUGGUAUCAGUGAUGGCUGUCAACAAUGAGAUCGGAGUCAAGCAGCCAAUCGAUGAAAUUGGUCACAUCUGCCGUUCUCGAGGAGUCUUCUUCCACACGGACGCUGCCCAGGCUGUCGGGAAGAUUCCCAUCAAUGUGUCCAGCUCUAAGGUGGAUCUGAUGUCUAUCAGUGGGCACAAGCUCUACGGACCCAAAGGCGUGGGUGCGUUGUACGUGCGGCGCAGGCCUCGGGUUCGUAUGGAGCCGCUGCAGAACGGCGGCGGGCAGGAGAGAGGUCUUCGCUCCGGCACCGUCCCAACCCCGCUCGCCGUUGGACUGGGAGCCGCGUGCAGCAUUGCCCAAAAGGAAAUGGAGUAUGAUCAUCACAGAGUGUCCAUGCUGGCUCACCGCCUGGUCCAGAAGAUGGUGACUGAAAUUCCAGACGUCAUCAUGAACGGAGAUCCUGAACAGCGCUAUCCUGGUUGCAUAAAUCUUUCCUUUGCUUACGUGGAGGGAGAGAGUCUUUUGAUGGCCCUGAAGGACGUCGCUCUGUCAUCUGGGAGCGCAUGCACGUCAGCGUCUCUGGAGCCGUCGUAUGUCCUCAGAGCGAUCGGAGCAGAUGAAGACCUGGCUCACUCCUCCAUCAGGUUUGGUAUUGGGAGGUUCACCACAGAGGCAGAGAUCGAUUACACAGCGGACAAGUGCAUCCAGCAGGUCCGCAGACUCAGAGAGAUGAGUCCUCUGUGGGAGAUGGUGCAGGAAGGCAUCGACCUGAAGAGCAUCAAGUGGACGCAGCACUAGACUUCUCUCACUUCCUGUCUGCUUCCUAGCUGCCGAAAAUGAUUAUAGUUCCCAAGAAGUUCUUGGAGCGAUUUAGCUUCUAAUUCCUCCACAUAAACACGCACAAACUUCCUUUGUGACUUGAAGUCUGUUUGUAGCCGCAGCUCGUCUUAGCUCCUGCUGCUGCUCUGUGAGGAGAUGUUGCUCCGCAACACUGCAGAUUCUGCUUGUUUUAUUUCUCCAAUGUAAAGUUAUCCGGGUUCUCUGAGAAACGCUUGACAGCUGUGAGAAAAACAUUGUGAAAUAUUGGGUCAGUGUACUCACUGUAAGACCACCACCAGCCAGAAUGAAAUUUUAACAACCAAAGACGACCGGCAGCGAAAUUCAUUAAGAAGUUUAGGACCAAGUUCUCACAGUAUGAGUCACACAAAUAUAAAUGAUGUGAGGCAGAAAGUGGAGAAGGAAAGACAAAAAAAAAAGCUAGCAAAACAAACAAAAACCAACAGUGUGACACUGAGCAAGAGGAAAUCUUGGCCAAACUGAUGUUCUUGUCUUGUUUUUGUAUGAACUUUUCACUGCAACUAAUCCAGAUGUAUCCAACGCACAAUUUCAAUCACAUUGAAACUUUUUUUUUUUUUUUUAUUGACUCAUCUCACAGUUUACAUGCAAUUAUUAUAUCACCGAAAAUGCAGCAAUUCACUUCAGUUCAGCUCAGCUCAUGACCUAACGGUGUUUGUGAUCUGCCUCUGUUUGGGCCAUGAUUUACAGAGUCCAUCUUCCUGAAAUCUAUUAAUGAAUCCAGCUCUGAGUUAGCUGUUGUAAAACAUGUACACCACCAAAACCAAGAAAGAAAUUGUUAAAAAAAAUGGUGAUA